AUGUUUCGUUCCGGAAAUGCCAACCUUGGUUACACUCGUGCCUCAGGGGCGAGCACUGUCCUAAGUUCCAAAAGGAUUGCAAGAAUUCCGUCAGUUCUAAUUCAUCAGUCCCAGCAUCCUAGCUAUCCUUCUCGUCAUUAUAGCUCUGUACGCACAUGGAAAAGCCGCAAUUACACGGAAGAUAGGGAAAGCAGGCCAUAUGCAACAAAAUGGGGAGCAAAAGACCGCCAUCGAGCCAUUGGGGAUAGAGGGAGAUGGCAACGGAAGGCCAAUAAAGAGGAAACGAGGUUAACAGAAGAGACAGAGAUCAAGCAGGGAGAGGAAGGAGAAGGAGAGGAAAAUGAAGAGUAUGAGAGCCCAGGACGAGAACUCAAAAAACGACUCAGCCAAGCGGAAUUCGAGAAGGAGAUGCAAUAUAUUCAGCGUGACCGAGUGGCUUUGGCUCGAAGAGUGAAGCAGUUACUCACGCUUGGCCAUGAGGAAAAGGCAAUUCUGCUAGUCAGGGCAUCUCAGAAUGCAAAGAUUGACUGCAUUGCCUCUUGGAACGCUCUGAUUGAAUACAAGAUGAAAAACGGGCAUAGAAAGGAGGCUAUGAAAUUAUUCAAUGAUAUGAAGAAAAGAGGUCGCGCUCCAAACGAGCGAACGUUUACAACUCUCCUGUCGGGGUUGGCGGCUGAACCUCUGGGCAUUUGCUGGGGAGAUACCAGAACACGGAGAGAGCGCACCAAACUCCGUCACAUAUACCAUUAUUCUGAACGCUAUACGAACAUCCGUACUCGAAUUCACUGA